AUGGUUCCUCCGGUUCCCACAAAAGACAAUGUCGACCUAGAAUGUUUCCUCGUAACUAAACAUUCAUGGAAAGGCAAAUAUAAACGCAUUUUAUCUAUUGGCACCGCAGGCAUUUCCACGUACAAUCCGGAUAAAUUUGAUCUCACAAAUCGUUGGACAUAUUCAGAUAUUAUUGCUGCUGCCCCAAAUAAAUCAAAUAUUCCUAAUGAAUUUGUGCUUACAAUAAAAAAAGAUAAAAAACUCGACUCAAUAAAAUUAUCAUCAGAAUACCGCAACGAUAUUUUAAGCUCAAUAUUAAAGUAUUACAAAGAAUUUGCUGAUAAACCGAAAAAUGUCCAACGUUUUAAUGGAUAUAAAUACCAUUGGUCAGGAAUUACUUUACCGACAGUGCUGGAGGUGACACCUUGCUCUUUGGAUCAGUUGGAUCCUACAACCAAUGAACUGCUCACUAGUUACAUGUACAAGGAUAUCGAAGGAAUAAUAGGAAUUUCAGAUUAUGAGGGCGGCAUUGUAAUGGCAUAUGGCGGAUUUAGCCGCCUACACCUAUUCAAAGCGGAUAAUCAUCAUGAAAUUGUACAAAACAUAGCUCAACGUUCAUCACAAUUUCUUAGUAUUGAAACGAAAAUUCUCAAAAGCCAAAUAACUUUGGAUCAAUUUGAGCGUCAAAGAUUUGGAAAGUUUAGUGAUGAUCAGUUUCAAACAUCAAUGACUGAAUUUACGGUACAAAAGAUUUCAAAUCGUCAUCCUGAACCAGUUAAACGUAUACUCUGUCUCACCGAAACAACUUUACUCGAGAGAGAUCCUCAAACAUAUAGUGUUUGCACGCUGAGACCUUUGUCAGAUGUUUUUGCGUUAAUAAGAGACAAGGAUAAUUUGCAAAAAUUUUGUAUUGAGUACAAAAAUGGUAUUGUGUACAGCAUGUCCACACCGAAGAGCAGUCAUGGCAAUGCUAGCAGUUUUGGUGGCGCUAGCACUGGUGGGCGCAGUGCUGAUCCGAAAGAGAAACUACGUCGUAUACCGAGUGUACAGCCAGGUGCAUUAAUUUGUCAACAUCUCAUUAAGGAAGGCACAUAUGGCAGAAUCUACGCUGGCAAAUUGGGUGACUCUUGUGAUGUGUUGAUUAAAACUGUUGUUGAUGGCGCUUCACUAACCCAAGUAGCAUGUUUACUACAGGAUGCGUCAAUGCUAAUUGGAGUCGCUCAUUUAAAUGUGUUACCACCUUUGCUAGCUAAUACUGAUUUGCCAGGACCACCAGAAAUUGCAUAUCCAUAUCCGUCCAAGGGAAAUUUAAAAAUAUUCUUACAAAAAUCACGUGAAAUGAACUCCCCGUUAAGCACUCGUCAACUUGUGGAAUUUGGCUUACACGUUUCCAAAGGACUGGCACAUCUUCACUCAUUGGGUAUAAUACACAAGGACAUUGCAACUCGGAACUGCUAUUUGGACAUCGACGCUCAUGUUAAAAUUUGCGACAACGCUCUAUCACGUGAUCUCUUUCCCGAUGACUAUCACUGCGUAGGAGAUAAUGAAAAUCGACCACUUAAAUGGAUGGCAUUAGAGUCUCUGCAGAAGAAAUACUUUUACACCACAUACAGUGAUAUAUGGAGUUUGGGUGUAUUUUUCUGGGAAUUAGCUACACUUGCAAUGCCACCAUUUGAGGAAGUAGAUAUUUUUGAAUUGAUGCCAUAUCUCGCAGACGGAUUUCGUUUGGGUCAGCCUAUUAAUUGUCCAGAUGAAUUUUUCACUGUCAUGUCCUGUUGUUGGCUUGUAGAACCAAAGCAACGACCAUCAUUUCCGCAGCUCGUAGCUUAUUUACAAGACUUCCAUGAAGACUUGGGCAAGUACAUCUAAGCUAUUCGCAAUAGUGUAUAUGACACGACUGAAGCUGCAUUUACAUGCGAUUGUUUCACAGGAGGAAGGCAGUUGUCCUUAAGUAAUUAAGUGGUAUCAAUUUUUUGCAUUUUAGUAAAUUAAUAUUACGUAUACAUUAAUUAAAUAUUUACA